AUGAACGCAACGACCUACAUCGAGGAAUUAUGUCAACCCUUGUUGUUCAAUAUCUCUUCCAAAGGAUUAUGGGAGAAUCUAAAAUCUCCCGGUGUGAUUUUUGGGUAUUCAUUGCCUCUUUUGGAGAUUCAGAUAUUACUCAUCUUCGUAUCCUUCGCAAUGUCUCACAUGAUCCUCAGAUUCAUUGGCAUUUCACCAACUGCUUCCUAUUUAAUGGCUGGUCUGAUUAUGGGACCUCAACUGUUUGAUCUUAGAGAGAAGUCAUCAAGGAUUCUAUCAUGGGAUCCCGAACUCGACGGCAACGGGCCAUUAAAAGGCAUAUCUACGUUUGCAGCGAUUCUAUUUACAUUCUUGUUGACCCUAAAAACCAAUAGACGAGUGGUGUUCAGCAGCGGAAAGUUGCCCAUCGUGAUCGGGAUCUCGACUUUCUUUGUUCCUCUACUUGUUGGUUUAUAUUUCCGGAUUUUCGCCAUCGGAUACAUUAACCCUCACUACAUGCCUCGAAAGAGGGCCCUCGUGGAGCGUACUGUAAUCAUCGGAUCCCAAUCUUGCAUACUCUUGCCCACCACAACCUAUAUCUUGUUGGAACUCAAGAUCCUCAACUCCGAAUUCGGACGUCUUGUCUUGUCUGCAUCAAUCAUCAAUGACCUCCUUGCCAUUGCCCUCUUCGUGACUAUUUACACGCUAGGAACAUAUAGAAACAUCUCAACCACAACAGCUUACUCUGACGUUAUCGGGAUGAUCAUCUUUAUUCUCGUCGUCAUUUUUCUUAUUAAGCCGGCUAUAGAAUGGAUAGUGGAAAACACACCAGAAGGUAAACCUGUGGCGGAUAUAUAUGUAGAUGCUGUAAUUGUAACUGUGUUAGCCUCCGUGGUUUACUCAACUUUCUUCAACAUGAAACACGUCAUGGGGCCAUUCUUGAUCGGCCUUGUCAUACCGGAAGGUCCACCUUUAGGAUCCGCCUUAGAAGCCAAGUAUGAGAAGCUCACGAUGAACGUGUUUUCACCGCUCUCCAUCGCGUUCAGCGCGAUGCGAUGUGAUAUUAUGAAAAUCAUCUACCAGUUAGAUGAUCUCAUAUACAACAUGUUCCUAAUGGCUCUAACGCUCGUUUUGAAGCUUGUUGCGGGUCUUGUACCUUGCUUGUACUGCAGGUUACCUCUCAGGGAAUCUAUAGCGGUUUCAAUUCUCUUGAGCUGCAAGAGUUUCGCCGAAAUAUUUCUCUUCGAAACAGCAUUAGAUGAUGGGUAUAUGUCGCAUGCAAUGUACUCGUUCUUGAUAGUUUAUUUGCUAAUAAACUCUGCUAUUGUCCCCACGAUCUUGAGAGGUCUGUACGAUCCGAAGCGGAAGUAUGUUGGUCACCAAGAAAGGAACAUCUUGAGUCUAAAACCAAACUCAGAUCUCCGAAUUCUAACUUGUGUGCAUAGACCUGAUAACAUCCCUGGAGCCAUUGCAUUCCUCCAAUUAUUGUCCUCGCCGAACCGUGAACUCCCCAUCAUUGUCACGGUCCUCCACCUCGUGAAGCUGGUGGGUCAACUCUUCCCGGUCUUGAUCCCACACAACACGAAGUCGAAACGGCUCAUGACUAAUAACUCAUACAUCAGUACUGUUUUACUAACCUUCAACAAGUUCAAACAUGAGAGCCUUGAUUCCGCGAGUUUGGCCAUGUUUACUGCCUUCUCGCAUGAGAACCUAAUGCACGAAGACAUAUGCACGCUCGCGCUAGACCAGACGACGUCAAUGAUUGUCGUCCCGUCCGGGAGGACAUGGACCAUAGAUGGGGAGUUCGACAUGGACGACGAGUCCAUAAGGCGACUCAACAUGUCGCUGCUUGAGUGUGCGCCUUGUUCCAUAGGGAUACUUGUGGACCGUGGGAAAUUCUUGCGUAGAGAAAAUAGAAGGUCCAACAUCAAUGUUGGUGUGAUCUUCAUUGGAGGCAAAGAUGAUCGAGAAGCGUUAUCGCUAGUCAAGAGGAUGAAGCACAACCCUAAGGUCCGUGUCACUGUGAUUCGACUCAUCUCAACCAAAGAAACCGAGUAUACAAAUUCGGUAUACGGGCUUGAUCACAAGGUUAUGAAAGAAAUGGAGGAUUCAGAGGCCACUAACAAUAUUACAUAUACAGAGACGAGUGUGACGGGUGGUCCUGAAUUGGCUACUACGGUUAGACUGCUCGCUGAAGAGUAUGACCUUAUGGUGGUUGGGAGAGAUCAUGGCAAGGCAUCACCAGACUUCUCAGGACUAAAAGAGUGGAUGGAACUUCCUGAAUUAGGUGUCAUUGGAGAUUUGCUAGCAGUAAGAGAUCUCAAAUCUAGGCUCUCUGUUUUGGUAGUUCAACACCAACAUCAUGCGUUAAACAUUCAUCGAAGUUAA